AUGGCGUGUCCUCUGGUCAUCACUCUCGUGCUAAUCCUGAACGGAGUGUUUAUCACUGUGGCACAAGUCAAUGGCUUGAACAAGGUUCAUAUUGUCCAUUUGGGAGCAAGGCAACAUGAUGCCCCUGAGCUAGUUACUAAAUCACAUUACCAAAUUCUGGAACCAAUUUUUGGAAGCAAAGAAGCUGCCCAGAAAUCUAUAGUAUACAGUUACAGGCAUGGUUUCUCCGGGUUUGCAGCAAAACUUACCGCUUCCCAAGCAAAGAACCUUUCAGCGCUUCCCGAGGUUCUUUGUGUUAUACCAAGUCGAACACUGAGGUUGAAAACAACCAGAACAUUCGAUUACUUGGGACUUCUGCCUAGUUCUCCAAAAGGUCUUCUCCAUGAUACCCGUUUGGGAAGUGAAGCUAUUAUUGGCAUCAUAGACUCGGGGAUAUGGCCAGAGUCAGAGUCAUUCAAGGACACAGGUCUAGGACCCAUCCCGACACGUUGGAAAGGAAAAUGUGUGUCCGGGGAUGGAUUUGACGCCAACAAACAUUGCAAUAAGAAGCUUAUAGGGGCUGAGUUUUAUGUUGACAGUCUUGUUCAAGAGACGAAUGGACGAUUUGAUUUCCAUGAUGAAAGCGAGUAUAGGUCCGCAAGAGAUGGUUCAGGCCAUGGCACACACGUGUCCGCGAUAGCAGCUGGUUCUUUUGUGGCAAACGCAAGCUACAAAGGACUUGGUGGGGGAGGCGCUAGAGGCGCGGGUCCCCAUGCACGUAUAGCUAUGUACAAGACCUGCUGGGGAAAACUUGGAUGUCUUACACCUGAUGUACUCAAAGCAAUCGAUCAUAGCAUACGUGAUGGCGUUGAUGUUAUAUCGAUUUCGAUCGGUAACGAUGCACCUGCCGGUUUCGAAAUUGAUACGAGCGAUAUAGCAUUUGGUUCAUUCCAGGCGGUGAUGAAAGGCAUUCCCGUUGUCUGCGCUGCUGGAAACGAGGGACCGAACGCUCUCACUGCUGAUAAUGUUGCUCCAUGGAUCAUAACCGUAGCUGCUACAUCCAUGGACCGCGCCUUCCCUAUCCCCAUCACUCUUGGAAACAAUAUAACAAUCCUGGGUGAAGGUUUAAACGCAUUCCCUGAAGUUGGAUUUACUAAUCUUUUAUUAUCAGAAGAAUUGAUGGAAACCGCAAUCGCACAAGGGCAAACUAAUGGGAAAAUCGUGAUUGUGUUUACUCCAAACAAUGAAGCGAUACAAAAGGCAGACCGUAUAUUGAGAGCUGGAUGUGGUGGCAUCAUUUAUUCACAAUCUGUAGUUGACCCUACGGUUUGCAGUGGUUUGGAUGUUCCUUGCGCCGUUGUAGAUUAUGAAUUUGGAACGGACAUUUUAUACUAUAUCCAGACCACCGAUGCGCCUAUGGUAAAGCUAGGCACUUCCAAGACUCUCGUUGGUCGGCCAGUUGCAUCUAGAGUAGCCCGUUUCUCUUGUAGAGGACCUAAUUCAGUUUCCCCAGCAAUUCUAAAGCCAGACAUUGCAGCACCGGGUGUUAACAUUCUUUCUGCUGUACUUGAUGGGUAUAAGUUCAUGUCGGGAACAUCAAUGUCAACUCCUGUUGUGUCAGGAAUCGUUGGGCUAAUCAGACAAACCCGCCCUGACUGGUCUCCUGCUGCAAUCCGAUCCGCUCUUGUCACAACAGCAUGGAGGACCGAUCCAUCAGGAGAGCCUAUAUUUUCAGAGGGAUCAACACGAAAACUUGCUGACCCGUUUGACUAUGGAGGAGGUCUGAUCAACCCAGGGAAAGUAACAGACCCUGGACUUGUUUACGACAUGGGUUUGGAUGACUAUGUUCAUUACUUGUGUUCCGCGGAUUACUCUGACAAUGAAAUUUCCCAACUAAUUGGCAAACCUAAUCAAUGCCCUUCGCCAAGGCCUUCUAUGCUCGACUUCAACAUGCCUUCGAUCACAAUCCCAAGUCUCACUGGAGAGGUCACCGUGACUAGAACAGUAACGAAUGUUGGACAGGCUGAUUCGGUUUACAAACCCGUUGUUGAGCCUCCGUUUGGAAUAGAGCUUGAGGUGAAUCCGAAGACUCUUGUGUUUGAUUCCAAUACAACGAAGAAUACAUUUAGUGUGAGAGUGAGAUCGAAUCAUAAAGUUAACGGGGACUUUUAUUUUGGGAGCUUGUGUUGGACCGACGGAGCUCACAACGUUACUAUUCCUGUUUCCAUCAGGACAAAGAUCUUGAGGAAUUACGUUUAA